AUGGAUCAUUUUCUGCUGAGUUUCUGGCUCCAGAUGUUCUUCUGUGCAGUUCCAAAGCUCGUCAUCUGCCAGCAGAGAUACUCAGGCAACUUGGCUCUUGAUUGUGAUUCCAAGGAUGCAGCUGUUCCCUACAGUUGCAAUGGCGAAAAGCCCUCAUGCAAGGCCUUUCUCAUGUACAGAUCUCAAACUCCUUACAACACCCUCUCCAGAAUAUCAAACCUGACAUGUUCAGAUUCCAUCGAGCUCGGUCGCGUUAACAAUGUCUCGGAUCCCAAAAGAACCCCACCAAUGGGCCAAGUGUUAUUUUGA